GGGCCGGGAGCGGGGGCGGUGCGGGGGGAGGCCGCGCCUGCACAGGGGCCGUCCCCCCGUACGCGCCGACCGCCGCUUGGCCCCGCCGCUCUUCCGCGUUGAAGCCAUGGCACUGAAACAGGUUUCCAGCAACAGGUGCUUUGAGGGCUUCCAGAAGGUGUUUGAACAUGACAGUGCAGAACUAAAAUGCAAAAUGAAAUUUGGAAUCUACUUGCCUCCAAAAGCAGAAACUGGAAAGUGUCCUGUGCUGUAUUGGCUCUCUGGGUUAACUUGUACAGAACAGAAUUUUAUAACGAAAGCUGGUUUUCAGCAAGCUGCAGCUGAACAUGGCCUUAUUGUAGUCGCACCAGACACAAGCCCACGUGGCUGCAAUAUUGAAGGAGAAGAUGAAAGCUGGGAUUUUGGCACUGGUGCUGGUUUUUAUGUGGAUGCCACUGAAGAGCCUUGGAAAACAAAUUAUAGGAUGUAUUCCUACAUAAAGGAUGAGCUGCCUAAACUAAUAAAUGCCAAUUUUCCAACUGACCCUGAACGGAUGUCUAUUUUUGGGCAUUCCAUGGGAGGACAUGGAGCUCUUAUUCUUGCUCUGAAGAAUCCUGGAAAGUACAAAUCUGUAUCAGCAUUUGCUCCUAUCUGCAACCCGAUUCAGUGUCAGUGGGGGAAGAAAGCCCUUGGUGGAUAUCUGGGAUCAGACGUAAGCAAAUGGGAGGCAUAUGAUGCUACACAACUAGUGAAGUCCUAUGCAGGCUCUCCCCUGGACAUCUUGAUCGAUCAAGGCAAAGAUGACCAGUUCCUAUCAGCGGGCCAGUUACUGCCUGAUAACUUCAUCGCUGCCUGCACAGAGCAGAAAGUCCCAGUAGUCUUUAGACUGCAGCAGGGUUACGAUCACAGCUAUUUUUUCAUUGCUACAUUUAUUAAUGACCACAUCAAACAUCACGCAAAAUACCUUAAUGCUUGAACCCUUUGGAUGUGAGCAUCAUCUGACCAUUAUAAAUCAAGGGAUAGAGGUGAACUAAACAAAAAUAAUUUGCUGGAGUAGUGUCUGUAAAAUGGAGCUCCUCUGAUUGUACUGCUAAGGAAAAUAAAAACCCCACUUAAUUUGC